GGGGUAACAGCAGGAGGAGGGACCAACAGAGCCGGCCGGCUGCUAGUAUUUGAAAAUGAAUGAUUUGCUGUAGACAUCCUGGUCAGUUGUAGAAUUAGUGCUGCAUCUGCUUCAUUUAAAAAAUAAAAUAAAAUAAAAGGAGAGUAGCAAAAGGGUGACAAUCCUAGAAAAGACUUGUUGGAUACCGAGAAGAGACUCAUCAUCUAACAAUGCAACCUGCUGCUAAGCUCGAUUGUCCUCCAUCGUCAUAAUCAGCAUUCUCCCAUCAGCAAGACUGCAGCAUCUCUACUGGUGCCAGUCUGUACAGGGAGGGCGAACUCCACCAGUGACCGCGUGCGAGCCCAGCGCCAUGUCCGAACCGGUGGUGGUGGAGCCUCCUAAAGCAGGAGGAACACUGGAGUCCUGUGGUGCAGGAGACAGAUCAGCGUCCCUUGAUGACGGCAUUGUGGACACAGCAAAUGAGUCAUCAGAGGAAGAGUCCACCGGGGAGAAGGAGGAGGAGGUCGCUGCUGGAGAUGCAGCCGCCGCCACCGCUCUGCAGAGCUCAGAUACACCGCAGGUGAACGCGCAGCGCCCAGACUCCCUGUCCGUGCCGCCGUCCUCAGAGCUCCGUCUCUGGACGACGCAGCGCGACGGAGAGGUGAAACUCCGGAUCGAGGACUCCGGUGUGGCUGCAGAGGAACCUCUGACUGUGAACCAGAUGUUUGCUGCAGCUGUAGAUCGAUUCAGUGACUUCACAGCUUUGAAAUGGAAGGAGGGCGAGCAGCAGAAAUCCCUCACCUACAAACAAUACUACCAGGACUGCCGCACUGCUGCCAAAAGCUUCCUAAAGCUCGGUUUGGAGCGUUUCCAUGGCGUCGGGAUUCUGGGCUUCAACUCUGCCGAGUGGUUCAUCGCCGACAUCGGCGCCAUUUUGGCCGGCGGGCUCGCUGUGGGAAUUUACACCACCAACUCUCCUGAGGCUUGUCACUACGUAGCAGAAAACUCCAAAGCUAACAUUAUUGUGGUGGAGAACCACAAACAGCUGCAGAAAAUCCUCCAGAUUGAAGACAAGCUGCCUCACUUGAAAGCAAUUAUCCAGUACAAAGACGCACUAAAGGAGAAGAGACCUAACCUGUACUCGUGGGCAGAAUUCAUGGAGCUCGGCCGCGACGUUCCGGACGGGCCUCUUGAUGCAAUCAUCUCUAGCCAGAAGCCCAACCAAUGCUGCACGCUCAUCUACACCUCAGGAACCACGGGCCAGCCGAAGGGCGUGAUGCUGAGCCAUGACAACAUAACUUGGACCGCACAUUCCACGGGUUUACACGUCCAGCUGACGGACGCCACGGAGGCCCAGGAGAAGGUGGUCAGCUACCUGCCGCUGAGCCACGUCGCGGCUCAGAUGGUCGACAUCUGGGUCACCAUGAAGGCCGGAGGGCUGACCUACUUCGCUCAACCGGACGCCCUGAAGGGAUCUCUGGUUAACACUUUGAAGGAAGUGCAUCCGACGGCCUUCAUGGGCGUCCCGCGUGUCUGGGAAAAGAUGCAGGAGAAAAUGAAAUCCGUCGGAGCAAAAUCAUCUACUGUGCAGAGGAAAGUGGCUGCCUGGGCCAAAGAUGUCGGUCUGCAGACCAAUCUGACCAAAAUGAAUCAAAACGUAGCAGCUGCCCGCACCCCGUUCAGCUAUCAGGUUGCCAAAAAGCUCGUGUUUAAGAAAGUACGCAAGGCUCUCGGCCUGGACCGCUGCACCAGAUGCUACACAGGCGCCGCCCCGAUCACCAAAGACACCCUGGAGUUCUUCCUCAGCCUCAACAUUCCUCUCUACGAGCUUUACGGCAUGAGUGAGAGCACCGGACCCCACACCAUCUCCAAACCUGAGGCCUUCAAACUCACCAGUUGUGGUAAAGAGAUCCCAGGAUGUAAAACAAAGCUGCACAGCCCCGACGAGGAGGGAAACGGUGAGAUCUGCUUCUGGGGCCGCCAUGUCUUCAUGGGUUACCUCAACAUGCUCGACAAGACGCAGGAAGCCAUCGACGAAAACGGCUGGCUGCACUCGGGCGACCUGGGCAAACACGACAACGGGUUUCUCUUCAUCACCGGUCGUAUCAAAGAGAUGAUCAUCACAGCGGGAGGCGAAAACAUCCCUCCGAUCCCCAUCGAGGACGCAGUGAAGGAGGCCGUGCCGCUGAUAAGCAACGCCAUGUUGAUCGGAGACAAGAAGAAGUUUCUCACCAUGCUGCUCACUAUUAAGUGCCAAGUGAAUGCCGAGACGGGCGACCCAGAGGACGAGCUGACGCCCGAAGCCGUGGAGCUCUGCAGGAAUCUGGGCAGCAACGCCACGCGCGUCUCCAACAUCGCGGGCGGCCGGGACCGCACCAUCCACGCCGCCAUCCAGGAGGGGAUCAACCGGGUCAACGAGAAGGCCACGUCCAACGCUCAGCGCAUCCAGAAGUGGAUCGUUCUGGAGCGGGACUUCUCAGUCGGCGGAGGAGAGCUGGGUCCGACCAUGAAGCUGAAGCGACCCGUGGUGCUGAAGAUGUACAGAGAGCAGAUCGACAACUUCUACAAAGAGACGCCGACCCCGACGACCCAGGAGAACCCGCUGCCUCCCCAGUAGACGCCCUUUGACCUUCCGACAUCUUUCCACCUCGUUGGUCCUUCUCCUGAUGUCGUUUGGUUCCUGUUGGACCGCUUCGUCUCGCUUUGUUCUUGUUGUGCAAGCAAAAGCAAAAAAUUAGCUUUAUGUUUUUAAAUAUAAACGCAGCUAUUUAUUUGACUAUGACGAAGAAUCCAGACGGAGCCGCUUGUCGUACUGAAAUACUUGAGCUACAGACAUGAAAUCCAAAAACGCAGUGGUUGAUACAAAGUUUGUUUUUUUAAAGGAACAACUUCUCAUAUUUAUUUUUUAGUUUGCCAAAGUUGGUGUUUUUUUGCCAAGAAAAACAUAACUGAUAAAAAAAAAAAAAUGUUUUAGUUGCAGUUUGCAGAAAUGUAACAUCUAAAGUCAAAUGCUGCAAAAGCACAAAAUAUUACAAAGUAUUUUUGGUAGGAUUACCAAUGCGAAUAUCUUAGUAUACUUUAAAUAUAACUGACAAGUAGCUUUUCAGCA